UUCGAAAAGCCGAAGUUUGACAGUGAAAAUCAAUGACAAAGAGCGGCCAUUUUGCGUUUUCCAGCAGGAGAGUUUCUCGAUUGGGAAAAGUGUGAUUUGGUGUUGAAGAAGCAGGAAGCUCUCAAAGGUGCCCAAAAAUUGCCAUAUCCUCCCUUGGAUGUGUGUGUUCUCCAUCAACGUAUCGUCGUAUGGUCAUCUUCCGCCCUCACAAAAUCAUUGUUGUCGGCGGGUAAACAUUUAGAGAGAGAGAGAGAGACAGGACAGAAUACACACAGGAGGGAUUGAAGAGUGGGUGAGUGACGAUGUCGCAUGAGGCAUCCGACUACAGACGCUCGUCCGGAUCGCGAUAUCGCGAGAGGGACGAGAAAGACAGCUACCGAAGGAGCCGACACCGCGAGGACAGUCGCCGGAGUGAGAAAUACCAUCACCAUGAGGAGCGGAAGGGUCGAUAUUCCUACAGUAGUAGGCGAAGAUCCCCGUCUGAUGACUAUCGUGAGAGGCGCCGCGAUAGAUCACGAGACCGUUAUCGCUACAGUGUCUCCCGCUCGCGCUCGAGAUCACGCUCCAGAGACUAUCGGCGUCGUCGCAAGGACAGCUACAGUCCCGCUGAGAAUCCACCGUCGCCUCCGAAGUUCUCCCGGGCGGAUUCGCGCGAGAGUAGCGAAGAUGACGCUUUGCAGAGUGUCGAACAGCGUCCUGGAGAGUUUGGCGAACGCAACAGCCAGGCUGCUGAUGACCUUUCCGAGGAGUACUUCGAAGAUAUUGAGGCAAACAAAGAGAAAAUCCAUCAGGCCAUGGAGGAGCGCCUGAGACAACAUCUGGCCGCGCAGGGGAAGGUGUAUCCACCUCCAAAGCCUGAGCCACAGCAAACAACCAUGUUUGCCAAUGACGGCUCCUUUAUGGAGAUGUUUAAGCGCAUGCAGGAGCAGCAGAAGACAGAGCAAGCUAGUGGGAGUGGAACGUCGGGGGUGAAGAAGGCUCCGGCUCCACUGUUCGGGAAGCGCCGCGGUGGCAAGAUCCUCAAGACGGGCAUUGUGGAGAAGAAGAAACCCGUCGAGGAGGCCACGCCGGCGCCUGGGUCCGCCGAUGCCUGGACGCUCUACAUGGCGGAAGUGAAGAAAUACAAGAACUUCUCAUGUGAUAUCGACAACAACUCGCGACCACUCGUCAAGUGAAUCGACAGAAUGUCUGCAAAUGGCAAAUACUGCAAUUUAUCAAAUUCAUCCUCUAGCGAUUGUCUCAUUUAUUCUGUAGGCGAGAGAGAGAGAGAGAGAAAGAGAGCCACUAAGGCGGCUCGAUAUUCUCUUAUUAUUUUUUU